AUGGGUGUCAUUGGUGACAAUAUCUUCACACAUGAAACCAUAUCUUCAGAGAUCAUGGAUACCUUAUUCUUCCCCUAUAUUGCUAAUGCUUUGCUGCUAUGCUCUCUGAUAAUAUUCGCAACCAUGCUCUCCCGAGGCAUGUGCAGCAGCUUGAGCAUUCAAUGCAACGAAAGAGACCGUCAUCUUCUCCUAAACUUCAAACACACUGCUUCUGAUCCAUAUGCCAUCCUCUCUACUUGGUCUGAUGAACGAGAUUGCUGUCAGUGGGAAGGAAUUCAGUGUGACAACACCACUGGUAGAGUGAUCAAGCUUAGCCUCCCAUGUUCCGCACAACCCACUGCUACUGAUUGUCAUGAAGAGGACGAAUGUCAGCGUCUUACAGGUGAUCUCCACCUAUCUUUGCUUCAGCUUGAGUUUCUAAAUUACUUGGAUUUGAGCAAUCAUGACUUCCAUACUAUUAUCCAAAAUGAUCGUGCGGAUAUCUCAAACUCUACCAACUUAUCUAUGUUUGAACGCAAAAAUUCUUCUAAUCUUCAUUAUCUUGAUUUAUCCUAUAAUGAGGAUCUUCAUUUUGAUAGUCUUGAUUGGCUUUCUCGUGUUCCCUCCUUGAAAUAUCUUAACUUUAGAGGCAUUAAUCUUCAAGGGAGAGUUGAGUGGCACCAAUUAGCAACUCUUGUUCCUUUCCUUACUGAGUUGCACUUUGAUAGUUGUCAGCUUUCAAACAUUAGUCCAUCUCUCCGUUAUGUCAAUUUUACUUCGCUUGAAGUUCUUGGCCUCGCUCAUAAUGCUUUUAGCUCUGAAUUCUUUCCAGAUUGGUUAGGCCAACUUGAACAUCUACAGUUUCUUGAUGUUAGUGAAAAUUCAUUCUCCGGUCCAAUUCCAGAUUGGCUGGGCCAACUUGAACAUCUACAGGUUCUUGAUGUUGGUGAAAAUUCCUUUUCUGGUCCAAUUCCUUCAACUUUGGGAGAUAUCUCAUCCUUGAUUUUGUUGGAUAUUAGUUCAAAUUACUUAAAUGAAAGUCUACCGGAAACUAUUGGACAGCUCUUCAACUUGGAGGCAUUAUAUUUUGAUAAUAACCGCUUGACAGGGCACGUGUCUGAAAAAGUUUUUGCCAAUCUCUCAAAUUUGAAUUAUCUUUCCAUGGGAUCACCCGGUUUGAUCUUUGACUUCGAUCCUGUAUGGGUUCCUCCUUUCCAGCUUGGAGGGCUUCAUUUGGAUCACAUGGUGGGCUCUAAACUUCCUGCAUGGAUAUAUACACAAACAUGGCUUUCGAAAUUGGUAAUUACAUACUCAACAAUUUCAUUUGAGCCUCAAAACAAGUUUUGGGACUUUGUAGCACGAGUGCCAGACAUACGCUUACAAUAUAACACAAUUCAUGGAGAGAUGUCCAACGUGUUACUAAACUCUACCGUCAUAAAUUUGAGUUCAAACAAAAUCAAAAGCAACCUCCCUCGAUUAUCACAAAAUGUUGCGAUGUUCAAUGUGUCAUAUAACUCUUUCCAAGGGCCUAUCUCUCCAUUAUUGUGUCAAAAAAUGAAUGGGACGAGCCAAUUAAAGUAUGUAGACAUGUCUGUUAAUCUUUUAUCUGGAGGGCUUACAAAUUGUUGGAUGCAUUGGAAAUCAUUGGUUUUUGUCAGGCUAGAUGACAAUAAUCUAACAGGCACAAUCCCCCCAUCAAUUGGUUUGUUGUCUAACCUUGUGGUUUUGCAUCUCAACAAAAAUAAUUUAUUUGGAGAGAUACCUUUUUCACUGGGAAAUUGCGGGAAGUUGCAAAUCCUUGAUGUAGGAGAAAAUAAAUUAUCCAGAUUCUCAACGAACUGGAUUAUACAAAAUGUGAAGAUUCUUCGACUAAGAUCUAAUCAACUAAGUGGAAAUAUACCACCCCAAAUAUGCCAAUUGGCUUCCCUUAGAAUAUUAGAUUUUGCAGACAACAACAUAUCAGGUUCAUUACCUAUUUGUCUGAAAAAUCUGACAGGUAUGACUUUCUCUAAUUCUUCAAAUAAUAGGGCUUAUAGAGUUGGCAUUAAAACUCUACGUUUGACUUGUGUACCACGUGACCGUGUUAUGGUGCAUAUAAAAGGCCAAGGAUUGAUUUAUGAUGAAAACCUGAUGUUCUUGCAUGCUAUUGAUCUAUCAAGUAAUAACAUCUCCGGAUCAAUACCUCCAGAAAUGUUUAGCCUCGCUGGAUUACAAUCUUUGAACUUUUCUCAUAAUCAACUUGAGGGAAACAUACCAAAUGAGAUCAGCAACCUAAACAACUUGGAGUCCCUUGAUCUCUCAAGCAAUCAACUUUCGGGUGAAAUUCCUCAAGGCAUGGCUAAAUUAUCUUUUCUGGGAACCUUGAACCUCUCCUUCAAUAAUUUCACCGGGAAGAUUCCAUCAGGAACUCAACUUCAAGGGUUUGAUGCACAAAGCUAUAUUGGGAAUUAUGAAUUAUGUGGGGCUCCACUUCCAAAGAACUGCACGAAACAAGAUGACGAACCCGUUGAAGGAAAUGACAAUCAAAAAGAUGAAUUUCUAUCUUCAUUCUACUUUGGGUUGGGGAUUGGAUUUGCAACAACUUUUUGGGGAGUCUGUGUUGCCAUUUUCUUCAACAGAAAUUUCAGGCAUUCUUACUUCAGAUUCCUCUAUCACAUCAAAGACAAACUUUAUGUCACACUGGUCCUCAGGAUGAACCAUUUCCGUCAUUGA